AUGACAGCCCCGACCAUUUUAACCAGUACAGUAAACGGAAGACCAAAAAACGUUGUUUUAACACUCUAUCUUACUCCAGAAGAGCUCCAAAGAGGAUGCAGGAAAAUAGUGAAGAUAGUUCGCAGAGGAAAGAUGGGGUUUGAGCAGAGUUUUGAAUUGAAUGUUGACGUGCCGAUGAACGCAGUGAAGGGAACUGUUUAUACAUUUGAUAAUGCGGGAGAUUAUCUUGGAAACGACGUUUUCCAGAAUAUCAAUAUUUUACUUGACUCUACUGACAAUAAUCCCCAAUAUUUCUACGGAAAUCCUCAGUCAGCCGAUAUGUCAACUUUUCAAGCUUGGAAACUUGCACCCUACGGUGCAGCUGAGCAGCCUACUCAUAUGGCUCAAGAGCCCAUUAUGCCAGCAGCUGGCGGUUUUAACACUUUAGGAUAUCCUCAACCUAGCUAUGGUAGUAUUCCAUCCUUCUCUCAGUUGAAGGUGUUUAAAAGUAGGUGA